AUAGUAUCAGAGGGCAAGAGCCUUUCUCUCCAGCUACAGGCUCCAUUUCCCAAGGAGCAAGGGGGAACUCAGAGAGCCAGAGUGGGGCAACGGAGCCAGCCAGCGUCCAGCCAGAGCCCUGGAGGAGGGGUUCCCCAUCCGUGCCUGCAUCCCGCCAGGAAAGAGCCGGCUGAGUUCCAGCCACCGGAGCGAGCGCAGGAGCUCAGAGUGAAGGUGCAUCCUGGGCUGCUGGCUGCGGGGGCUGCUACCCAGGACCUGGUGCCGCAGCCACAUGAAGCCAGCUAGGGAGGGGGGGCCAGGGUGCAUCAAGGCGACUGGGACUGAGGCUGACUCCGUCUCAGGGAGGCACUGACUCCCAAGGGGACCCCCUAUCUCGCGCCUGGGCGAACAGUAUUCUCCAGGGGUCCCUGGUCAUCCUGAAUAUUCAGGAUGGUGUUCCUGAAAUUCCUCUGGAUGGGUUUUCUGUGCCACCUGUGUCAGGGCUAUUUCGAUGGCCCUCUCUAUCCAGAGAUGUCCAAUGGGACUCUGCACCACUACUUUGUGCCCGACGGGGACUACGAGGAGAACGAUGACCCCGAGAAGUGUCAGCUGCUCUUCAGGGUGAGUGACCACCGGCGCUGCUCCCAGGGGGAGGGGAGCCCGGCCAGCAGUCUGCUGAGCCUCACCCUGCGGGAGGAAUUCACCGUGCUGGGCCGCCAGGUGGAGGACGCGGGGCGCGUGCUGGAGGGCAUAAGUAAGAGCAUCUCCUACGACCUGGACGGGGAGGAGAGCUAUGGCAAGUACCUGCGGCGGGAGUCCCACCAGAUCGGGGAUGCCUACUCCAACUCGGACAAGUCCCUCACUGAGCUGGAAAGCAAGUUCAAGCAGGGCCAGGAACAGGACAGCCGGCAAGAGAGCAGGCUCAACGAGGACUUCUUGGGGAUGCUGGUCCACACCAGGUCCCUGCUGAAGGAAACGCUCGACAUCUCUGUGGGGCUCAGGGACAAAUACGAGCUGCUGGCCCUCACCAUCAGGAGCCAUGGGACCCGGCUAGGUCGGCUGAAAAAUGAUUAUCUUAAAGUGGAGACGUCUGCGGUGCCUCUGUGGCUGUGUGUAAGUUAAACGGGCCACGUUUAAGAAGUCUAAGCUUUGUGGUGGUUACCCACUCCUGUCGAUGUGCUAAUUUGCUGUGUCCCUCAUUGUGUGUCUGUGUCAUCAGCGCUGCAGUCCAUUACAAAGAAGUAGGUAGAUGUCUUGACACACCCCCAAAUGCCUGUGAUUUAGGUUAGCAGUGUAUUGUUUCUCAUUUGGGGAGUUUGCUUCUGUUUGCUUAUUGAAAACUUGUACUUCGAGUAGAGGGAAUUCUAAUUCUCAUAACUCCUUAACUAAGUUUUAUUAUUCAGCCAAUAAAUAACCUCCUGUAUAA